AUGGCAAUAAAAUUUUGUUGCUUUUCUAAGGAUCCUCUUGAGGAUGCUGAUGCUUGGAGCGAAUCGAUCGACAAGCUGUUGGGCUGUAAAACAGGGCAGCUGGCGUUUCAGGAGUUCCUGAGGUCGGAGUUCAGUGAGGAGAACAUCCUUUUUUGGCUGGCCUGUGAGGAGUACAAAAAGAUCAAGAGCACUCCAGAGAUGAUUGUCGCCGCCAACAGAAUCUACACAGAGUUUGUGCAGGUGGAGGCACCGAGACAGAUCAACAUUGAUUGUGGAACCAGAGCAAACAUAACGAAGAACAUCUCAGAGCCGAGUCUCAACUCCUUUGACACCGCACAGAAACUUAUUUACAGUCUAAUGGCCAGAGACUGCUACCCCAGGUUUCUGAAAUCUGAGGUCUAUCAGUCGAUUUUACAAAAAGCAGAGAAAAGUUGA